AUGAUGGACACGGAGAGCUUUGGGCUGCCGCUCAUCGCGCCGGCCGUGCCGCGCCGCUUCUACUUCCUGUUUGGCGCCCCCAUCCAGACGACCCCCGCGCUGGCCGCCGACCGCGCGGCCUGCCAGCAGCUGUACAGGGAGGUGAAGGGCCAAGUGGAGGGCGGCCUGGGCUACCUGCUGCGCCGCCGCGAGAGCGACCCCUACAGGGACCUGCUUCCGCGGCUCGCGCAGGCGCCGUCGUUCGAGCCCUAG